GUUCGUUGAUUCGUUUCAUUGCCGGUUCCUUUAUCGUUCAUGUCUCGCCUUUGUGCCGUUUAAUUUUCUAUAGUUUAAACUUCUUUAAUGUCUUAUCGUUUGUUUUCUUGUAUAACACUUCAAAUGGAAUAAAUCUACAAACAAUUUAUUAAAAACAGUCCACAUUUUAAUAUUGUAUAAUACUAGUAACUAAUAUAAUACUAAUACUUAAAAACAGAUGACUUUUACUUUGUGUAAUAAGCAUGGAACCAUUCAGAGUUGAUGCUGAACUACCAAAUAAAAUGGCGCAUCUAGAUAUAAUGGAAGAAGAUGAAACAAAUAUAAAUUCUGUACCAGACAAACUUGACACACUAGAAUUACCACGAGUAUUGAGGAAGAGAAAAUCUUUGGCGCCUGAAAUAACUAAACGAACUAAUCGUAGAGUUAGUAUGAAACCUCGAAAACGUUUAACUGAAAAUGCCAAUCCCAAACAAAUUGAAGCACUAUAUUUAAAUAGAAAGGUGAAUGCUUUAUCACAAACGCUAGAAACAAUUUAUGAAGAACCUAAGACUGAUAAUAGUAAUAAUGAGACAUUAAUUGGAGGAAGAAAAGUGAAACGACUGUUAACAUUCCAGCUGGGAACUGAGUAUACUAAAGAUAAAAUAAAAAAACGCAGAGCUAAAAUAAAAAAACUACUUGGAAACAAAUCAUUCCUAAAUAGGAAGAAAAUACCUAUGCAAGUAUUUUUAGAAACCAUAGAGUGUCUAGAGUUAGAUGAAGCAGUACAAACUGAAACAAAAGUAAUAAAUACUGAUAAACCUGUGUGAACUGUCUUUAUAUAGUAGUAAUCAUGGUUGGAAUAAAUACAUUCAUGUUUCGUUACUGCUACA